AUGUUCAUUCAAAAUCACCAACAGGGAGAUAAUUGCCAGCUUAUCUCGCUCAAUCAGACCAUCUCCCUUGUCCUUCUGGAAGAGACCAAUCCUGAUAUCGACUCAACCUGCUCAAAUCUCGACCUUGGCGUCUACUACUGCAUCCUACCUACAGAGGACUGGAACGCAACCGUGACCUCUACAAUCGUCACUGCCCCGACCACAACCCCCGUCGGAACGACCUCUGAUUGCUACCAAUACUACGUGAUUCAAUCUGGCGAUUACUACUCCCUCAUCGAAAGCGAAUUCGACAUCACCAUGGCCCAGCUCCAACUCUGGAACCCAGCUCUCCUUUCCAAUUGCUCCAACCUCGUCCUUAGUGAAUCUUAUUGCGUCAGUGGCGCCGAACAGGCGUCCACCUCCACCCCGACGACUGUAUCAGCGACUGCUACGGCUGCGGCAAAAAGAGAUAUCUCAUCCCCGGCUACUACAGUGCCUCAAACAACGGCGAGUUUCCAGGCU